ACCAUGUCUAUGGGAAAGAUCAUCUUCUACGAGGACAGGAACUUCCAGGGUCGUUCCUAUGAGACCUCCAGCGACUGCCCUGAGCUGACCUCCUACCUGAGCAGGUGCAACUCCUGCAGAGUUGAGAGCGGCUGCUUCAUGGUCUAUGAUCAUUCCAACUUCAUGGGAAACCAGUACUUUGUGAGAAGGGGAGAGUAUGGUGACUACCAGCGUAUGGGCAUGAACGAUUGCAUCAGGUCUUGCCGUAACAUCCCCAUGCACAAAGGAAACUUUAGGAUGAGGAUGUACGAGAAGGAGAACUUCGGAGGUCAGAUGCACGAGCUGAGCGAUGACUGUGAGUCCAUGACCGAUCGUUUCCGCAUGAACGACAUGCAGUCCUGCAACGUGAUGGACGGCCACUGGCUGAUGUACGAGCAGCCCCACUUCAGAGGCAGGCAGAUGUACAUGAGGCCUGGAGAGUACAGGAACAUGAGAGAGUUGAGCAUGCACAUGGGCUCCAACCCCAUGAGGUUCAACAGCAUGAGGCGUAUCAUGGAUUCUUGUUAUUAA